AUGAAGGCCACAGCGCUUCUCGGCCUCGUCGGCCUCGCUGCCCUCUCGACUGCGCAUGUCACUCGCGACUAUGACAACAACGACUACUACGUUCUUGAACUAGAUCAAGGCAUUCAGCCUGAUCACGUCGCCGACCGUCUGGGCCUCCGACACGAAGGCCCUUUAGGCGACCUCGAUCACCACUACAUCUUCCGGUCCCCUAAAUACGACCACGAUGUUGUCAAGCGACAGCUUCUCGACCGACGAAGACGGAAACGCGAUGGCUCACAAGACAUCAUCGACACUGUUCGCCUCGCCAGAAAGCAGCACCCGCGCACCAUGUUGCAGAAGCGCAUUCCUCCGCCGCCCCUGCUCGGCCCUCGUGCCGAAGCACAGCCCAAUGCCGCCGCCCUCACCAAGCAAAAUAGCGUCAUGAAGCUUCUCUCCAUCAACGAUCCUACGUUUCCUGGUCAAUGGCACCUCUUCAAUCCUGUCCAAAUAGGCCAUGAUGUCAACGUCACUGGCGUCUGGGUCCAAGGCAUCACUGGCAAGAAUGCCACCGUCGCCAUUGUCGACGACGGUCUCGACAUGCACAGCCUGGAUCUCAUGGAUAAUUAUUUUGCCGCCGGGUCCUGGGAUUUCAAUAAUGACGACCCCGAGCCGGCGCCAAGGCUACCCGAAGACGGCCACGGAACCCGGUGCGCUGGUGAGGUCGCCGCCGUGAAGAACGACGUCUGCGGUGUUGGUGUCGCUUACGACGCCAAGGUUGCCGGUAUCCGCAUUCUUAGCAAGCCCAUCAGCGACAUGGACGAAGCCGAGGCCAUGAUUUACGAAUAUCAAAAGAAUCAAAUUUAUUCUUGCUCCUGGGGCCCUCCCGAUGACGGCCGCUCCAUGGAGGCCCCGGGCAUUCUCAUUCGCCGCGCAAUGGUAAAAGGUAUUCAAAAAGGCCGUGGUGGUCUCGGAACAAUCUAUGUCUUCGCCUCUGGCAACGGCGCCGCUGCUGAAGAUAACUGCAAUUUUGACGGCUACACCAACUCCAUCUACAGCAUCACUAUCGGCGCCGUCGACCGCGCAGGCAACCACCCAUACUACUCGGAGCAUUGCUCCGCCCAGCUUGUCGUUACUUACAGCAGCGGGAGCGGCGACUCUAUUCACACCACCGAUGUUGGCACCAACCAGUGCACGACCGCCCACGGAGGCACUUCUGCCGCCGCCCCUUUGGCUGCGGGUAUCUUUGCACUGGUUAUGCAAGUGCGGCCGGAUUUGACUUGGAGAGAUCUUCAAUAUCUCGCCCUUGAAACAGCCAUCAAGGUAGACGACCCCAAUGCCGACUGGCAAAAUACCACCAUUGGCAAGCAUUUUUCCCACACCUUUGGCUAUGGCAAGAUUGACAGCUACGGUAUCGUUGAACGGGCCAAGACCUGGGAACUGGUCAAACCACAGGCCUGGUUCUUCUCACCUUGGAUCCACGUCAAGACGAAUAUCCCUCAAGGCGAUGUUGGUCUUACCUCGACCUUUGAGGUUACCGAAGAGAUGCUCAAGAAAGCCAACCUUGCUCGCUUAGAGCACGUCACCGUCACCAUGAAUAUCGACCACACCCGUCGCGGUGAUCUCAGCGUGGAUCUCAUUAGCCCUAAUAAAGUCGUCAGCCACAUUGCCACCACCCGGAAACUUGACAGCCAUGGCGCUGGCUAUGUUGAUUGGACGUUUAUGAGUGUUGCUCACUGGGGCGAAACGGGUGUCGGAAAUUGGGCCAUUGUUGUCAGGGACAGCACCGUCAACGAUUACAUAGGCAACUUUGUCGACUGGCACCUCAAGCUCUGGGGCGAGUCCAUUGACGCCGACAAGGCCACACUCCUCCCUCUUCCCACCGAGGAUGACGACGUGGAUCACGAUGAGAUCGAGACCAUCACCGUGCCCGCCAGCACCACGUCCAUCUCGGUGGCAACAGGCGUGCCCACGCACACCGACGAGCCGGGCGACGACCACCCCGACCGGCCCACCAAGCCCGCUGGCGAGCCGUCGCCCUCACCCACGACCACGACGCCGUCCAGCACGCCCGUGGACCAGGAGCCCUCUCCGAGCAACACGGCCUCCAACUGGGUCUCGUGGCUGCCGUGGUUUGGCUCCAAACAGGCGACGAUAUGGAUCUACGGCGCCGCCGGCCUCAUUUGCGCCUUUGGUAUCGGUCUCGCCAUCUUCUUCUACAUUGCCCGCCGUCGCCGUCUUCGCAACGACUCGCGCGACAAUUACGAGUUUGAGCUCCUCGACGAGGAAGAAGGCCGUGAUGGCGGCCGCGAUGGCCAGGGCGUGGAAAAGGGCCUCGUCUCGGGCAAAUCAGGCCGUCGCACCCGCGGUGGCGAGCUCUACGACGCCUUUGCCGACGGCAGCUCCGAGGACGAGACGGAUGAUGAUGACGACGAGUACGACGCCUAUAGGGACCGCUCCGCCGAGCGCCUCGCCGGUGUGGAGACUCUUCCAGAGGAUGAAGAAGAAGAAGAAGAGCAGCAUGUUAUUGGUGAUGAAAGUGACGACGAGGACGGGCUAGAUGAAAAGACUGCUCAGGAACGCCCUCUGACAAAAUAA